GAAGUAUGUUUCUAGCAUAACAUCUUCCACUAGCUCAAAAGCAGUCUGGGAUAAAAUCCAUAAAAUUAAUGGGAAAUAUGCUUCUCAUUCUCUGUCCAUGCUGGAAAAUAAUGGCACAAUAAUCAGUGAUAUACAGUGUAUUGCUGAUACAUUGGGUGAAACUUUUUCCUUGUCAUCCAGCAACAUAAUGAAUUCAAGGGACUUCCAAGCUUAAAGUGCAAAAGGAAAAGCAACAUUUAAACUUUUACUCUUCAUCUGAUGAGGAAUAUAAUGUGCCAUUCACUAGAAUUGAAUUACAAACAGUGAUUUCUCGCACGGGGAAUAGUGCUGUAGGUCCGGAUAAAAUCCACUACAGCAUGAUUAAAAAUCUGUCAAGUAAUUCCCUUUUUAAUCUCCUGUAUCUGUUUAACAGAAUAUGGACAGAAAAUACUCUUCCUGACUCUUGGAGACUAUCAAUUAUUAUCCCUAUUCCAAAACCUGGUAAAGACCGCAAGAAUCUUUAAUUACAGACCAAUCUCUCUGACAAGUUGCCUGUGUAAACUUUUAGAGAGGAUGGUAAACAGACGUUUGAUGUUUCUCCUAUAGGAAAAGAACUACUUUUCACCACAUCAGAGUGGAUUUCGUAGGAACAGAAGUACCAAGGAUAAUCUAGUAAAACUUGAAACAUCCAUACGCGAAGCAUUUGUUAGACGACAACACGUAGUGUUUGUAUUCUUUGAUAUAGAGAAGGCCUAUUAUCGCUGCUGGCGUUAUGGAAUACUUUGUGAUCUACAUGAGUUCGGAUUGCGGGGUAACUUGCCAGUUUUUAUAAAAAACUUCCUGCAGAAUCGAAGAUUCCAAGUUGGGAUGGGCAACACUCUAUCUAGGUCUUUUGUCCAAGAAGAAGGUGUUCCUCAAGGAUGUAUUUUGAGUGUGACUCUGUUUUUAAUUAAAAUUAAUAGCAUAGCUAACUGCCUUUCUCCCAGUGUGAAACACUCUCUGUAUGUGGAUGACUUUCAGAUUUUCUGCCAGUCUAGCAACAUGAGUUUUAUCGAGAGACAACUGCAAACCUCCCUGAAUCGCAUAGAAAAUUGGUCCAAGACCAAUGGUUUCAGUUUCAACGUAGAGAAGACCUCAUGCGUUCACUUUUGCCGAAGGCGUGGUCUGCACCUGGACCUUGAAAUAUAUUUAAAUGGGGUUAAAAUUCCAAUUGUGAAUGAAGCAAGUUUUUGGGUGUUUGUUUCGACUAAAAACUGACACACUUGCGCAAUUUGAAGAGUAGAUGUUUAAAAUCUUUAAAUUUUUUAUAGGUACUAUGCUGUUCAUCCUGAGGAGCAGACAAAGUUUCUAUGCUCAGGAUUUAUAGGGCUCUUGUCCACUCUAAGCUGGACUAUGGUUGCAUUGUUUAUGGCUCUGCGCGAGAAUUUACUCUUCGGAUACUGGAUCCAAUUUAUCACCAAGCUUUGCGUUUGUGUCCUGGGGCAUUCCGAACCUCCCCUAUCCAAAGUUUGUAUGUGGAUGCUUAUAAGCCUCCACUGUCUCUUAGGAGGGAACAGUUGUCUCUUUUUUAUUAUUUAAAACAGAAAUCUCAUACUAAACCUCCAGUUGAUUGUACAGUAUCAGAUACUCAGCUGAAAAGGUUAUUUGAAGCUCGCCCAAGUAUUGUCCCUACAUUCUUCAUAAGAAUGGAGAAUGUAAGCAGCACGAUCGACCUGAACAUGAGCAACAUUUCACAGGCCAAGAUUGAUAGUAUUCCACCCUGGUCUACUCCUGCAAUAAAUGUUGACUUAAGCUUAAAGCAGUUUCCUAAGGAAUCCAUGCCAGACUAUGUCUAUAGACAGUGCUUUGCAGAAAUCCAACACAAUGACAGGAAUUUAAUUCCCAUUUACACUGACGGUUCUAAAUUGGAUGAUUAUGUUGGCUCAGCGUUUAUCUGCCAGGAUGAAAUUGUGGCAGAGCAAAUUACAUUGAAUUCAUCUAUUUUUAUUGCAGAGCUACAUGCUAUUCACUUAGCCUUAAACUAUGUAAUCAGAAAAGGUCAUCGUCGCUGCGUGAUUUACACUGACUCAGUUAGUGCACUUCAGGCUUUGAUCUCGUGUGAACCUAGUUCUCACUCUAUAGUGAUUAAAAUUCGUAAAUUGUUUUGCCAUCUUCUUGCAAGGAAUAUCUCUAUAAAAUUUUGUUGGGUCCCAGGCCAUGUUGGUAUAAGAGGAAAUGAAGAAGCAGAUGCAGCAGCAAAAUCAGCUAGUCCUUCACAGCAUACAAUGCGUAUUGAAGGAAGUGAUUUUAAGCUAGUCAUUAAAAAACGACUAGCAGAGAGAUGGCAAAAUGUGUGGAAUGCACAAGUCCACAAUAAACUGCAUUAGAUCAAACCUACAAUAGAAAAUUGGACACACAAGAAAUUUUAUAACAGGAGAUCUGAAGUUAUUAUCACUCGUUUGAGAAUUGGACAUACUCGGUUGACUCAUCAAUACCUUUUGAAGGGUGAUGAGCAGCCAAUAUGCCAGUAUUGCAACUGUCCUCUUACUGUAAAACACAUACUGCUCGAUUGCUCUGUUUUUGAGACCAGGCGUAGACAGCAUUUUGGAAAUGCAAGUUUUAAACAGAUUCUGGGUAUGAGGCCCAAUAUUUAUGAUAUAUUAGACUUUUUAAAAGUCAUUAAUUUGUGUAAAGAAAUUUAAUUAUUUAUUUAUUUAUCUUUUAGCCUUUUGUUCAUUCUUGUUUGUUAUUAAUAUGUAUAUAUUAGUAUUUUGUUGCUGUUGCUGUUGUUUAUUUAUUUAUUUUUGUCAUAUGUUUUUUAUUUGUUAUGUUUAUAAUUAUUUACCAUUUGUUAUGGCGCAGCUUAGCUUAUAUGGCUCUUGUGCCAAAAAACUAUUACCAACCAACCAACCAACCGAAUCUCUUUAAUGUCCUCCUCCUUAGUUGGUAUAACAGAAAAUCUUUUAUCCAAGCUUUCAAACAAUCUUUGUUUUUCAAAGAUUGCUUCAACGUGUUCAAUCACUCUGUUAAACUGUGUCAAGAUAUAUGUCAAAUGGCACUCCACCCCAAGUCUACUUUUAGGGUUACACUGUGAAUAAUUCUUUAUUUCAUCAAGAAUGCUGUUAGCAAAAUCAUGAAAUAAUUUUUUCUCCGAUUCCAUAUUGAACAAAGAUGAAAUAAGAUAAUUUUUUUAUUCAAUUAAUUCAGAAUGUUAGGUUUAAAAUUAUUCUAAAGUAAAAUAUCAAUUCAAUUAACUUGAAAACAUUUGUAUCGUCUACUUUGGCUCGAGACGAUUCUAAAAAUAUAUAUGUCUGAAAUUAUGUAUAGAAACGUAGAAAAUGCAACUUCCUGUAAUUGUUCUAGAAAGUUCCUGACUAAAACGUCAAUGACAGUUGCUAUGGUGAUUGAAAAGUUGAAAUUAGAAUAAAUCAUAGAAUUGCCAUUAUUCAAAAACUAUAAGAGCUAUGGUUAUAAAAUUUUCAGAAAGUAUUACAUUUUAUGUCUUUUAAGAAUUACCCGAAUAUCUUUCAGAAGUAGCCCAUCGGAAGGAAGUUGCAGGGUGCCGAAAAAAUCACCGGAAGUAGUUGAUAUCUUCUAAAGUACUGGACCCAGAACCUAAAAAAUUGGAAGAUGUACUCACAUUAGCAUUGCGGACAACCCAUGAUAUCUGAUUCCGGUUAAUCGGUUUAUGUUCGGAAAAUUGAACCUGAAAAGUAAACAAAAUUUUUAAAAGAGUGUUACUUUGUAAUGGAGCGUCCGAAUUUAACAAACUUGACGAAUUCUUGGUCCCCAUGAAAAACACUUUCAUAAAAUAUAUAACACUUAGUACAAAUAAUUAAAAUUCAUCAAAAUAACUUAAAAAUCCAAGAGCUGAAAAAUUCCACUUCACUUCACAUUGAUGCAGCGCCGCCUCCAAUCAUGAAGGCAAGGGGAACCACUCCGUUACCAAUUCCCCAGGACAUUACUUUGCGCACAAACUUAUUUGUACUAACAAGCACCGGGUGUGUGUUCGCCGCCAUCAAAGUGACCUGAUAUGGCACAUGAAGAAGAAGAAUUUGUAUUUAGAUGGUUGGUGGUAUUUUUUGCAGAUUAGUAAUAAAAGAUUUAUUUUUGCAAGUUUAAUUAAUUUAAAGGUAUUUAGAAGCAGUUGCUUUUUAUAUAAUAUACGUUCUUUUACGAUGUUAUCCUGGUAGUAAGUAUAAAGCGAUUGUAGAAUUGUAAGGAAGUUUAUGUAAUGUUCUGAAAAAAUUAUACACGAUACAAUCAAAGAAGAUUUCACCCUAAUCACAAAUCUAAUUUAACUUGAGAGUUUACAACAUAGCCUAUAACAGGGGUUCCCAAUCUUUUUUAUACUGUGACUCCCUUUACUGGCUAUAAUUUUUUUGCGACGCCCUUCUAAAAGAAGAUACCUGCGUGUAGCUCUAGCAGACAUUAAAAUUACUUCAUUAUUCAAAGAAAACUCCAAAGAAUAUAAAAUCUUAAUAAUUAUUAUUUAUUAGAAAACA